AUGGGUAUCACCAAAGAGGAGAAACAAGAAACCCAACAUGAAGGCCCCAAAGAUCUCAGUUUUCAGACUCUCCUGCGGAGCGAUGCACUUUAUCAGUAUAUACUCGAAACCAGUGUGCAUCCAAGAGAGCACGAAAGCCUGAAGGAGCUGCGCCAGAUGACAGAAAAACACCCUUGGAAAAUCAUGGUGACCCCAGCAGACGAAGCGCAACUUCUAAGCAUGCUGCUUAUGGUCAUGAACGCCAAGAACACCAUGGAAAUAGGUGUCUACACUGGUUACUCUCUGCUCUCUACUGCCCUAGAUGGAAAGAUCUUAGCUAUGGACGUGAACCGCGAAUAUUACGAGUUAGGAUUGCCCAUAAUUCAAAAGACUGGAGUGGCUCACAAGAUUGACUUCAGAGAAGGACACGCUCUUCCUCUUCUUGACGAACUGAUUAAAGAUGAAAAUAACAAAGGAAAAUUUGAUUUCAUUUAUGUGGACGCUGAUAAGGAUAACUACUUGAACUAUCACAAGAGAGUGAUUGAGCUUGUGAAGAUUGGGGGAGUGAUCGCAUACGAUAACACCCUAUGGACUGGAUCAGUGGCGGCUCCAUCUGACGCGCCGAUGGUCGAUUUCAUCAAACAUCACCGGAGUUAUGUGAUUGAGUUCAACAACUAUUUGGCUCAUGAUUCUAGGAUUCACAUUUCCCAGCUCUCUAUUGGUGAUGGCCUUACCCUGUGCCGCCGGAGUAUCUGA